UCUAUUAUAAGCGCUUAUUAGCAAGAAGUUCAUUCAAACCCUAAGGUUCAGCAGCAAUGGCCCCCAUUAGAAGAGUGCAGAUGCAGGGUCCAAGGCCUACGCCUCUCACUGUAAACAGGAGUUGUAGUACUUCUUCAGAGAUGAUCAAGAAGCCUGUACCUAAGAAUCGAAGGCGUUCUCCUGUUAUAGUAUACCUAAGAUCUCCCACGAUUAUCCAUGUAAAGCCUCAGGAUUUCAUGCGCCUGGUGCAAAGCCUCACUGGUAAUAAGUCGUCCAUGGUUCCUUCUUUUUGCUCUUCUUCUUCUUCGUGUGUUACAGCGGUGGAUGGAGCCAUGAGCGAGAGAGCAAGAUCAGAGCAUGCUUGGUGAAGUGGUUUUGGAGGGUCUGUGUUGCCAUCUGUGUAAUUAAACAUUCAUGCAGCAGACAGAAUUUGUGUUGGGACUUGGGACAAAAUUUCAUUAAUAUAGGAGGUUGUGGCCGGUAUGCUGUGUUAGGCUGUUAGCUAGGUGAAAGGAUGAUAAAUAAGGACAAUGAAUCCUGGCUCCCAAUUUCUUUUCGGGUUUUUUUCAUCUGAUUUAGCAACUUAUGUUUAUAGAGCAAUUUGGGCAAUUAAUGAAAAGAUGUAGUUUCAUGUAUGAAUGAAGAUUUGUUUUGUUAGG